UUGAUGUUAAUAUAUUUUACAAACAUUUGUGUUAGAAGAUACCUAUUACAUAAAAACAUGAUACUGAACUACAACUGGACAAGAAACAUAUAAUUUAUAAAGUUACUCGAGACAAACUGAGUUAGUAUUGUCUUAAACGACAUGGUACAUGCGAAAACCCGAGUAAAUGUACUCAUAUGGCAUGGUAUUUUCCUAUAAGUUAUUGAAUAAUAUUCAACCGGUUAUAAUAUAAUGCUUAAAGAAAAUAAUAAAGAAGUAAGGACGAGUGUUGCAAACAUAAACAUAAGAUUAGAUCCAGGGUUCUGGACGAAGACCUCACAAAUUCAGUUGUUCUAUGGAGUCUGGGUGAAUUUGUGCCACCUUGGUAUUGGACUGGCUUACGGAUUUCCGUCUGUUCAAGUACCUCAGCUGUUCGCUGCAGAUUCCGAUAUAAAAAUCACGAGGAGUGAGGGCUCUUGGAUAGCCAGUGUGUUCACUCUAUGCUCCCCUAUUGGGUGUUUGAUCAGCGGCUAUGUAGCCGAUUGGCUCGGUCGCCGAGUCAUGAUCAUCGUCUGCCAAGCCCCUAUAUGUGCGGGAUGGUUGUACACUGGCUUUGCUAAAAGUCCGAAGCAAGUUAUUAUAGGACGGGCAUUAACAGGAUUUGGAUGCGGUCUGGCCAUGGGGCCGCCGAGGAUAUAUUGCACAGAAAUGUCUUUACCCAACAUGCGUGGAGUUAUUGGAGCCUUUUCCACAGUGGGCGUAUCCAUUGGUAUUACUCUACAGGCUGGACUGGGAAAAUAUCUGAAUUGGCCUGUACUCUGCUACAUUUGCUCUGUAUACACAGUGAUAGUAUUCGUGUUAUUCUUAUUUCUACCUGAGACACCGUAUUUUGUGCUGAAAACUAAAACUUUGGCUGACGCUCGAGCCACACUCGCACACUUCAGGGCACGGGACUAUGAUUUUGAUAAAGAAAUGGAUCAAUUAAGAAAAUUUAAGGAGGGUAACGACAUUCGUAAAAUAAGUGGUCGUGAGCGUCUAGCAAUGUUGUUCACACAAUCGGCAUACAAGCCCUUCAGUGUGAUUGUGACGUAUAUCUUCAUCUCCCAGAUUACUGGCACAUCUGGAGUCAUGAUAUGGGCUGUGGAAAUGUUAACGGUGGCGAAGUCCUCAAUCGAUGUGAAUACUGGUAAUUUUCUAAUGACCCUCACCAGAUUGUUUGUAAACAUUCUCACUUCGAUUCUCCUUUUCAAAGUCGGGAGAAAGCCCCUGGCGCAGACAUCAGCAGUGGGCGUUGCAGUGACCAGUUUGGUUAUAGCAAUUUAUACAUCUACUCAUACUGAGCCAAGCAUGCCUCCCCAAAUAUUAUUCAUGAGUUACAUGGCUUUUGCUAGCGUCGGAUACUACAUGUUACCGUUUCUCAUGGCUUCUGAAAUAUACCCUUUACAGGUUCGUGGAAUACUCGCUGGUUUAACAGUAUUUGUUGCCGGUCUCUUGAUAUCUGGCAGCAUCAAACUCACCCCCACCUUGUUGGAUAGUAUCGGCCUCAGCUAUACGAUGGUGAUCUUUGGGAUCUGUUCCUUGAUCGGUGUCAUCUACAUAUAUUUAGUUUUGCCAGAAACAAAAAAUUUAACGUUACAAGAAAUUGAGGAAUAUUAUAACAAACGCCGUCCGACAUUGACUUCUCAGAGAAGAUUGGAAACCAUAGCGGACCUUGAAGCUCAAAGCAAAACAAAUAUAAAAUUAGUUGAAAGAAAAUCAACUUAAACGUACAAACAAGAUAAAUAGGAAGUCCUAAUGAAGACUAGAUUAAAACCUAAAGAGAUACAAAGUGUAUUACUGAACUUAAGCUUGAUUCUGAUAGUGAAGAUGAUGAUAGACCUUCCAACAGAUUACAAAAACAAGCGCAAAUUCUGGUCUGAAAAGUGAAAAAUUACCCAAAAGCAGUUAAAAGGAGUAGUAGAAAAGUUCAACUAUAAAGAGCCAAUAAGCAAACAAAUAGCGCGAAUAAUUAAUAAAAUAAAAGUAUUAAGUAAUCUCGGUAAGGCAAACCAUGUAAAUACAAAAAUCACAAUAGAAGACAACAUUACUGAAGUUACUAAAACUUAGGGUGCUCUCUCUCUGGUGGAAAAGCAGCCUAAGAAUUGUAUGGAAUUGCUUUCGCUGUAGUGCCUUCCAACAGGAUGAAUACAAUAUGCUAUUUUAAGAUAUUCUUUCUUGUUAGUUCUGUCACAAGAAAUAACAUCAUGAGAUUUGUAUUAGACAUUGUUUAUUUUUCAUUUAUUUCCAUCGUAAGUUAUUAAUAAGUGAUAGGUGAGGUUUAUCGCUUUCGGGAUAACCCAGUACAGACUAAUGCCCGGUUUACAUUAUUCCAGUCCAGCGAUCCAGUCCAGUACUGGAUUGCUUACUGGACUGGAUCUGUUACGUCUACAUUAUUCCAGUUAUUUAGAAGCCGUUGAAGUGUGAACACUACAGUGACAAUGAUUUCAAGAAGAGAUCAGUUUCGAAAAUGUUUUAAACGUGCUCAAUCACUCUUGCUACAAGAAGUUAUUAAUGAGGUUGAUAAGGAACUAAAAAAAGGAACGGAUUUGGGUGAGAAAUUGGAUCAGCGAAAGAGAUAAAAAAGGAGGGUCAGUAAUGCUUUUGCAACAACUGAAGGUAGAAAAUCCCAAUGAAUAUAGACUGGCACUGAGAAUGACAGCAGAAAACUUUGAAGAACUGUUAUCAUUAGUUUCUAUUAAUAUCCAGCGUAAGAAUACGUUGUUCAGAGAUGCUAUACCCGCAAAAAUAAAAUUAGAAGUCACU